UGGGAGAUUUUAGUUGGCCAGGAGACCUCACUCAGAAGCUUCUCAUUUAAAUACAGUAUUUCUCCAUUGGCCAAGGAUGGUGGGUGGUGCACUGUGACCAUGAUUCCGGGGGCUGGCAUUGGGCCUGAACUUAUGCUGCAUGUCAAGUACACGUGUGCACCUAUAGACUUUGAAGAGGUGCAGUUCGGUUCCACUUCUCGUGAAGAGGAUGUUCGCAAUGGCAUCACGGCAGUCCAUUGAAACUGCAUGGUCUGGAAGGGGAACAUUGAAACUGACCACAACCUGCCACCACCUCACGAAUCCCGCAACGUUCCGCACCACCCUCCUCUCUCUGCUAACAUGAGUCUGCCGGGAGUGGAGACAGCACCAGAACACAGACUUCUUGGUUGUUCAGAGAACACAGAGGGUGAAUCCGGGAAACAGUCCGUGAGUGUGAAGGGAGUGAUGGAGAGCCUAGCGGUCAUUACCGAGGCCAAGUCUUCGUGCACUGCUGAAUAUGCCUUCCAGCUGGCUCAGGAGAUGGGGCUCAAGAAAGUGAGGGCCGUGCACAAGGCCAACCUUAUGAAACUGGGGGACGGUCUCUUCCUCCAGUGUUGUAGGGAGGUGGCGUCCUGCUAUCCUCAGAUCACCUUUGAAGCCAUGAUUGUGGGUAAUACCACCAUGCAGCUGGUAUCCCGGCCCCAGCAGUUUGACGUCAUGGUGAUGCCCAAUCUUUAUGGCAACAUCGUCAACAAUGUCUGCACAGGGUUGGUUGGGGGCGCAGGCCUUGUGGCUGGUGCCAACUAUGGCGCCUUAGAUGCAGUCUUUGAAACAGCUGCAUGGCAGUCAGGCAAGAACAUAGCCAAUGAGAAUAUGGCCAGCCCUCCCGGCAUGCUGCUGGCAGGUUGCAGUUUGCUGGAUUACCUCAAGCUCCACUCCUGGGCCACAUCCAUUCGGACUGCAGUCUUGGCAUCUGUGAAGAACAAAGCUGUCCAUACUCUAGACGUUGGAGACCAGGGUACCACAUCGGAUGCCAUUAAUAAUAGCAUCAACCACAUCAGUACUGUCAACGAAAUGGUCAGUGCUUGGGAGGUUGAGAUCUCCCAGAGAUCUUUGUGA